AUGAAGAUCGUACUCAUGCUUCUCACGGCGGUUUUCUCCGUCGGUUCUGAACGUUUGGUUGGGGGCUUUACAGAAAUAAGUGUGGAUGAUGCGGGGGCUCUAAAAGCUCUGGAUAUCGCGGUGCAAGAACACAACGAGCGGAGCAACAACAUGUACAUCAGCGGGGUGCGAGAGGUGAGAAAGGUGGAAGUACAGGUAAGUCAUGUUUAGCCCUUUUGCGGAAGUUAAAGGCUUUAAAUGACAAGUCAUUGUAACAUUCAAACCAAACACAAUUAUUUAGACAGCUACUUUACCAUUACUCAAGAUUGUCUUUUCACUAGCAGGGGUGGAAAGAAGCAAAUUCAAUCUACUCACAUUACUGUAAAAGACUUUAUUGUUUGAGUUUCUUUGUUUUAAGAAUUUUUUUAAAACUCCUCCAACCCUCACCACCAUGAGCUAAAGAGAGUAAUACUCAACACUUGAAUUAUAUCACAAAUCAACUAGCCUACUUUCUAGGACAAACUAAAGAAAAAGGAACAAGGUAAAGCAAGAAAAAAAAAAACGGUUUUUAACAUCAAACUUUAGUAGUGCCUUGGACCCUCCCUUUUGUUUCAAUGUCCAUAACCCAGCCCACAACCUCUCUGGACCUUCUCCUGACCCAAUUUAAAGGUCUACCUGGCUUGUUCUCAGCAUCCCUAAUAGUAUGGGCAUCAUCAGAGUCCAGGUCAUGGGCAGCUUCUACAUCUAUGAAGGCCUUUAGUUGCAUUGGUGUUGCUCAAACUUGGUUCUGCUGGUUAACCACAUCUGUGUAUUAUGUUGUUUUUGUCUUACAGGUGGUUGAAGGCAUCCUGUACAAGAUACAUGUGAUCAUGGGCAACACCCCCUGCAGGAAGACAUCUGCACUUAAACAGUGUACUGUUCAUGGGGACUCUGAACUGACACGGGUACAGGCUUUCUAAAGAGAGCUUAACCUCAGCUGUUUACAUUUUCUAUUUAACACAGAGAUGCAGCUAAACUGGUCUUCCUGCAGUCCUGACUUGUUAGAAAAUAGUUUGGAGUUGUUUAUAGAAUGUUAUGUAUUAAAUGUACUUUUCUUUUUUGCUUUAUUCUCAGCCCUAUGAGUGCACCUUCAGAGUGUGGCAGCGUCCUUGGCUCGGAGAGACACAGGUGUGGGAGAAGUGUCCAUGA